AUGUCAGCCAAGAAACAUCAUCCAGCUUCUCGCGAUCCUAUCCUCGAUGCCAUCAAUAUCCGCACCGUCCUCGCCCUCCUCGGGACCCUUCUCACCAUCAAGCUCCUGAACUUCCUGGCGCGCCUCACGGGGGUGCGACGCACAUCGCCCCGAUAUCCCUACAGCUACGUCGGUCAAGCCAUCAGUCGCAAAGAGCAACACAUCAUUCAGAUCCUCUUAGCGAUCAUCCCCGAGAGCACCUCGGUGAAUACCAGUCUGCCCUCCAACACAGGCUUCUCCAGCGCGGAUGAUAGACCCACCACCGCCGACAGCGUCCCCUCCUCCAGCCUGGUCAUCCCCCUCAUGCCGGUGCCCUCGCGGGUCGUUCAGCUGUCUCACAGCGCGCCUACCCGGAGUUUGGAGCUCGCUAUUGCCGACAGAGAUCGAGGGCUUGACGACCAUACUAGCACGCGCGCGAGCGUGCACUUCCUAGGCCACCAGCCGCUGGCUAGUGACUCGGUUUACUCGUCGAUUGUCCGGAGGAGUCUGUCGCUUAGUGAUCCGAAUUCCAACUGUUCGAGUCCGCAUCAGAGUAUGCUUCCCGGGGUGCGGUUCUCGGGGUUCAUGUCGGAUAGGUUGCGGUUCAGUAUUCUGAGUCGGCCGUGGUCGAUGGACAGCGUGUUGGCGGAUGAGUCGCAGCCUGAGCAGGUCACGCUGGAUAUGGCACAGCUGCAGCAGACGCGUACGGCAGACAGCUAUCCGGGGCCAUUUCCGAUCAGUGAUGGAUUAGAGCCGAGCUCUCUGGCGACGGCGCAGUGUGCCAACAAUGGGGCCAGUGAGCCCACAGCGGUGCGGACCUCGGUGAGGCCGUUUACCGAUGUGUAG